AUGGCGUCGGCGGCGGCGUUGGCACCGCCGCCGGUCGGGGACAUCCCGGCGAGUCUGCACGCACUCAGCCGGCUCCGCGACGUCAGCAUGUUCCACCCGGGCGCUGAUCUCACCCUGCUCGAGCCCGCCCACUCGAAGCGCCCAAGCAAGCGCCAGGCCGACCGUUCGCUCUCUUCGCUGGGCGACGUUGCCGAAGCUGAGGCGAGGGCCAAGCGGAUCCCAGUUUACGCGGGAGAUGACAUCACCCUCCGGGCGGUCGCAAAGCACAACGGGCGGCUCUACAUCCUGCAUGUGGACGAGGAGGGCAAGCUCACCCUCGUCUUCCCCAACGUCCUGUCCCCGGACAACGCCGUCCGACGGGGCGAUAAGGUGCAAGUCCCGCCGGACGGCAGCGAGCGGCGCUACCUCCAGAUCUCGGAGGCGCGCGCGGGCAAGUCGCUUGGCCGCGAGACCUUCUUCGCAGUGUCGUGCACCGAGAGCCUCGAGGGGCUAAUGACGCCGCGCAUCGAGCUCAAUCGAAAGCUCGAGCCGCUCUCGCUGGAACAGGCGCACGCGCUGCUCAUGACGAUCGAGCGCGCGCCGACGAUCGGUGGGCUGGGAGACCGUGCGCUUUCGAGCCUCGCAGAUGCCACCGCGCCCGAGCUGGGCGUCUCGUCCCUUGAGCUGCUGAGCGUCGCGAGAGGGGGGCAAGGCGGCUCCUCGAGCUUCGAGACGCCUCAGAAACCAUCGCUGCGGCCACGGCCCGAGAAGAAGCCGAGCGCUUCCAAUCCGUUCGGGAUGAUGGGGAUGCAAAAACCGCCGCCGAACCCCUUUGGCGGCGGUUCGAGCGGCCCGCCCAAUCUGCUGGACAUGCUCUUUGGGGGCGGCCUCGGGAUGCCCACGCGUGGCAAGCGCAGCCGCGGAGUCCCCGCAAGCUCAGACGGAGGCCCCUCGCGCCGCGCCAGGAAGGCUACGCCGCCGCCCCUCUGA